AUGGCCGACCUGGCUAUGUGGGGAUCCUUAAAGCACUACCUGGUCAUAGUUACGGCCUCGAUACCCGCCCUCGGACCUCUAGGCAAACACCUCACACGCAUAGCAUCCUCGAAUGGGUUUGGAUGGUUCUCAUACGGAGAAGACUCUCACUCAUCCUCAUAUGCAACGAAGACAAAAUCGCUAACGACAGUCACGGUCAGCUCUGGUCCCAGCAAGAAAUUUUUCAGUGAGGAUUAUAGCGUAUCGACUAUGACUGGCGACGAUAGCUACCCGAUGUCUAAAUACAGCAACGCAUCCAAACAUAGCGCCGGCCGCAAAAAACACAAGCAUAAGCGAAAACAACAUAGUGAAGUAGCGAGCAGUCAGGAGGCCAUCGUCCAGCCCCCUGAACAGAAUACGGAUGAAAUCACAAAAGUGACAGAAGUCUGUAUACAGACAGAGUCGAAGGAAAACAUUGCAGAGUACUGGGAACAGAGGAUCAAGCCUUGGGAGGCUAGAUCCCCUGUUUAA